UAGGCUGGGAUAGCACUAACCAUUCUGUGAGCUAUGCGGUGCUGCAAAGCGCACGGUGCGUAGAUCAGCAAAGCGCAGAAUCUUCGCGGUGGAUAGAGACAAACGGUGUAAUGGAAGAUGCUUCAGCCUAGAUGAAUCUAACGGGCAUUUCGUGGACAGCUGUGUGUCAGUAAAAAUUGACACUUUGAAGCGAGCGGUGCAGUGGAUGAUAUUCUGAUGGGUUGUGGAGGAAGCCGGUCCGACACAAUAAUCGAACCGAGGUAUCAUGAAAGCUGGACCCGAGAAACCGAGUCAACAUGGCUCACCAAUACAGACGCCGAGGCUGCUCUUUCUACUAUCAACAGUAAGAAGUGUCGUGAUUGUGGAAAAUAUUCUGGAUUUAAAGCUGAAAAAUACGCAGGUAAAGGGCUGGAGGGUAUUCAGAAGGAGAAGAGGAUGAUGGUGACCACAGGGACCCAGUGUGGGAAGCAGACCCUCACUAGCUCUGGACCUAACCACUGGCGGUCCUGCCACGAUAUAGGCCUCACUCAAGCAAAAAAGGAGUCCAGAAGGAGAGCAUCUAAGGAGGUGCCUGCGCCGUCUAAAGCGGUCCAGUCUGUCUGUGGCAGUGGGGAUACCGUCCCACUCAGUCAGGCCGGUGAUGAAAGGUGAAAACCGCCAGAGGAGGCUGGAGAACGAUGAUCUACUGGAGGGUUGAGCUGGAAUAGGCCUGGAGGGUUGAGCUGGAAUAGGCCUGUCUGGUUGAGCUGGAAUAGGCCUGGAGGGUUGAGCUGGAAUAGGCCUGUCUGGUUGAGCUGGAAUAGGCCUGUCUGGUUGAGCUGGAAUAGACCUGUCUGGUUGAGCUGGAAUAGGCCUGUCUGGUUGAGCUGGAAUAGGCCUGGAGGUUUACAGACAAGUCCUGAUUCCUGGUGACAAAUGUUGCUUGUGUCCCAAAUGGCACCCAAUUCCCUAUGUAGUUCCCUAUGUAGUGCCCUAUGUAGUUCCCUAUGUAGUUCCCUAUGUAGUGCCCUAUGUAGUGCCCUAUGUAGUUCUCUAUGUAGUUCCCUAUGUAGUGCCCUAUGUAGUUCCCUAUGUAGUUCCCUAUGUAGUGCCCUAUGUAUUUCUCUAUGUAGUUCCCUAUGUAGUGCCCUAUGUAGUUCUCUAUGUAGUUCCCUAUGUAGUGCCCUAUUUAGUGCCCUAUGUAGUUCCCUAUGUAGUGCCCUAUGUAGUUCCCUAUGUAGUUCCCUAUGUAGUGCCCUAUGUAGUUCCCUAUGUAGUGCCCUAUGUAGUUCCCUAUGUAGUUCCCUAUGUAGUGCCCUAUGUAGUUCCCUAUGUAGUUCCCUAUGUAGUGCCCUAUGUAGUGCCCUAUGUAGGGAAUAGAGUGCAUUUGGGAUGCACUCUUUAUCUUCACCCCAGGGGCGUCAAUGGGGUAAGGCAGACAUACCCUAGUUUAACGCCAACAAUUUCAAAUAGGCUACUAAAAUCAUUCCAAUCCCCAGUAAAAGGCAAAUGCAGUUUAGUGGGUAUUAGGGAUGCCUUUAGGACCCAUGCGGAGGCCAGGGAGCGGGAGGGAAGGCUGUUUGUAUUGCUGGCUGGCUGGCUGGCUGGCUGGCUGGCUGUUUGUAUGGCUGGCUGGCUGGCUGGCUGGCUGGCUGGCUGGCUGUUUGUAUGGCUGGCUGGCUGGCUGGCUGGCUGGCUGGCUGUUUGUAUGGCUGGCUGGCUGGCUGGCUGGCUGGCUGGCUGUUUGUAUGGCUGGCUGGCUGGCUGGCUGGCUGGCUGGCUGGCUGGCUGGCUGGCUUUAUGAAGAGCGCACACAGCUGCAGGGAACUUUUUCUCAAAACAGUGCAGAGUUAAGAUGUCUUUGGCUCGGGAACUGAUGUUUGACUUGACAUGAAACUAGACUAGAGUUUUAAUCUCUGUGCUGAGCUAGUGUGUAGCAGCUAAUUACUGAAUGAUGUGUUUGUAGAAUGUGAAGUCCCCUAUUGACUGAGGUGAAUGGAGCUACAGCAGCCAAGGUGGUGAUGGAUGGAGUCAAUUUAGCUUGUUUUUGCUGUUCUCCAAUUUGCUUUUGAGAAAUAAAGUAAAUGAGCUUCAAUUUGGUUUAGCUGAAAUGACCCCCUGCUUCACCCCCUGCUUCACCCCUGCUUCACCCCCUGCUUCACCCCCUGCUUCACCCUCCCUUACACAGAGAGAUCGAUGACACAUGUGGAGGAGGUGCAGAUGGUUCUGGAAUGGAUGAAGCUGUCUGUCAAUGGAUGAACUGCAGAUGGAUGGGUGAACUGGGUGAACUGCAGAUGGAUGGGUGAACUGCAGAUGGAUGGGUGAACUGGGUGAACUGCAGAUGGAUGGGUGAACUGCAGAUGGAUGGGUGAACUGCAGAUGGAUGGGUGAACUGGGUGAACUGUAGAUGGAUGGUGAACUGCAGAUGGAUGGGUGAACUGGGUGAACUGCAGAUGGAUGGGUGAACUGGGUGAACUGUAGAUGGAUGGUGAACUGGGUGAACUGUAGAUGGAUGGGUGAACUGUAGAUGGAUGGGUGAACUGCAGAUGGAUGGGUGAACUGUAGAUGGAUGGGUGAACUGUAGAUGGAUGGGUGAACUGCAGAUGGAUGGGUGAACUGGGUGAACUGUAGAUGGAUGGGUGAACUGUAGAUGGAUGGGUGAACUGUAGAUGGAUGGGUGAACUGGGUGAACUGUAGAUGGAUGGGUGAACUGCAGAUGGAUGGGUGAACUGUAGAUGGAUGGGUAAACUGUAGAUGGAUGGGUGAACUGUAGAUGGAUGGGUGAACUGGGUGAACUGUAGAUGGAUGGGUGAACUGUAGAUGGAUGGGUGAACUGCAGAUGGAUGGGUGAACUGUAGAUGGAUGGGUGAACUGUAGAUGGAUGGGUGAACUGGGUGAACUGUAGAUGGAUGGGUGAACUGUAGAUGGAUGGGUGAACUGUAGAUGGAUGGGUGAACUGUAGAUGGAUGGGUGAACUGGGUGAACUGUAGAUGGAUGGGUGAACUGCAAAUGAAUGGGUGAAACAGAGUGGGUGAGUGGGAAGCCAAUGAAUGAUUGAAUGAUGUGUAUAUAUAGGUAGUUAAAACACGUGUGUGGUCCUGUGAUUCUCAGUCGGUAGAGCUUGGCACCUUGCAACACCAAGGGUCGUGGGUAUGAUUCCCCAUGACAAUCAUAUAGAAAAUGUUUACACGCCAGCUGCAUUUAGUAACGCUAGUAUUUACACACUAGUGUUGCUGGGAAUUGGCUUGCAAAAAAACUGAAUAGUCCGCCGGAAGCCAGAAGUUCAAUUAAAUUAAAUUUCAACUUACUCUGUCGAUUGUCUGUAUGUUCUGUCCUAAUGCAGGGAAAAACACAUCUAAGAAAACACAUCUAAUAGCAUAUAAAUUACUUUCCAAACCUGGUUCUGUUGUGGACCCACUUCCUCUCCGCUUACCUCAUGUCAAAGAAGCAAGAACUUGUGGGCGACUCUUAUUUUAUUUUUAAGCGGAGAGAAAGUGACCUCUGAGGAACUGCACGUGUCCACAACAGACCCACGUUUGAAAAGUCUGUUUAGUUAGAGUACGUUCCAUGAGAUGUUUCUCUCUCCUUCUCCCCUGCAUAAGGACCACGCCUACAGACAAUCCACAGAGUAAGUUGAAAUUGAAUUUUGUUACUGACAAACGGCUUCCGGCGGAUUAUUCUGAAACCCAGCAACACUAGCGUGUAAAUACUAGCGUUACUAAAAGCAGCUAGAUACACACGCAUGACUCACUUUGGAUAAAAGCGUCUGCUAAGCGGCAUGUUAUAGUUCGACCAGAAGUGCUGUCGCCCGACGACUACAGGGGGCUUUACAACUAAAUAUAAAUAUCCCGCAUGUGCCUAUACAAUAAUAUUGUCUUAUUCUUCUGGGCUCGUAUUCAUAAAGUGUGUCAGAGUAGAAGGGCUGUUCUCGGAUCAGGUCUCCCCUUUCAAUAUAGUCGUACUUAUUAUAAUCUAAAAACUUAUCCUAGAUCACCAAUACUACUUUGAGACACCCUGGUUCGUUGUUGAGUUUAGUUCUUGUGAAUAUGAUAAAUUGUUCUGUAAUGGGGUUUUAGAGUGGUUUUAAUCAAGCCGCUCUGUAAUGGGGUUUUAAUCAAGCUGCUCUGUAAUGGGGUUUUAGAGUGGUUUUAAUCAAGCUGCUCUGUAAUGGGGUUUUAGAGUGGUUUUAAUCAAGCUGCUCUGUAAUGGGGUUUUAGAGUAGUUUUAAUCAAGCUGCUCUGUAAUGGGGUUUUAGAGUGGUUUUAAUCAAGCUGCUCUGUAAUGGGGUUUUAAUCAAGCUGCUCUGUAAUGGGGUUUUAAUCAAGCCGCUCUGUAAUGGGGUUUUAAUCAAGCUGCUCUGUAAUGGGGUUUUAGAGUGGUUUUAAUCAAGUUGCUCUGUAAUGGGAUUUUAAUCAAGUUGCUCUGUAAUGGGAUUUUAAUCAAGCUGCUCUGUAAUGGGUUUUUAGAGUGGUUUUAAUCAAGCUGCUCUGUAAUGGGGUUUUAAUCAAGCUGUUCUGUAAUGGGGUUUUAGAGUGGUUUUAAUCAGUGGACAAAGUCCUCUACCAUUCUACUAUCUCAGGACAAGCUCCUGAAGUAAAUGUAUGACAUGUUUUUAUACAUUUAAUUAGAAGUUUUUGCCACCUGUGUUUUACAGUAUGUGUGUUCUGCAUGUGUCUGAACCAUCUGAGCCUCAUAAAGUGGUUUCAUCUGACCAAGCAAUCUUUGUUGACUGAUUGGUUUUUUGGGCCUCUUUUCCUACAAAAACAAAGGGGCUCAUCCAAUCCUAGGCUUAUCUUUCCUCCCUUCCUUGAAGUAAUAAUCACUAAUUAGAAUUUCUAAAGGGCUGUAGAGGUGAAAGGUCAUCUGGUGGGUCCCUUGCGUACACCUUUGGUAGGGAUUUAGGGAAAAAAAACAUCAACAUACAAAACAAAAAAUAAUCAUCAAUCAAGUUUAGUCGCAGCCCUCCGCAGAUCCAGAGACCUGAGAGGACUUCACUGUUCCAUCAAUGGACAGCGAUGUCUCCAUGGCAGCCAGAGCACUUCACUGGUCCAGCAAUGGACAGAGAUGUCUCCAUGGCAGCCAAGGCACUUUCACUGCUUCAGCAUAAGAGACAUGUUGAACAGCUCUAAUCCUACAAUCUCUGCUGCUUUAACCCUUACUGGCCAUUCAGGGAACUCAGGUACAAACGCAUUCCCAUCAUCACAGUGGAGACAUUUAACGUCUUCUUCUUUCUCAAAAGAAUCACUCAUGUCCAUCUCUCUGCAAACAUUCAUCACAUGUCCAAACGCUUUGCAAUUGGACCACUGCAGCACCAUGGGGACCAAUGCCCUCACAGGGAACCUCAUAUAUCCUAUCUAUGUGUUAGGGGGCCCUUGCAUACACCUGUCCAAUCAGUGAUUACUUAACGGAAGGGAGAAAUUGUAUUUGUUCAACUACGCAAGUCAGUUAAGAACAAAUUCUUAUUUUACAAUGACAGCCUACACCGGCCAAACCCGGACGACGCUGGGCCAAUUGUGCGCCGCCCUAUGGGACGCCUAAUCUCAACUGGAUGUGAUACAGCCUGGAUUCGAACCAGGUACUGUAGUGACGCCUCUUGCACUGAGAUGCAGUGCCUUAGACGGCUGCGACUCUCGGGACUCCAAGGAAGACAGAGUGCACUUUGAAAGAAUUGAAAUGGGGCCUGUGAUGUCAACACGACAGGAGUGCUUGAUGUGAAUGGACCAUGAUGGUUGGAUAACAGUACCGUCACCUGUCCAGUAGAUGGUGGAGAGACCCUUUAUGCUUGAGAGGGUUUAGUGAUUGACCAUCUUUCUAUGGUAGCUUAUAUGGCCACAACUAAAUAAACCUUUCUAUUAGUAUGAUUGUUCCUUAAAGACGGAGGAAAAGGCAAUCCUUUAGGUCAUAAAUACUUUAAUUAAACGUCUGACUUCUAGUGGAACUCAGGGAGCAUCCUAAAUGGCAUCACAUUCCCUAUAUAGUGCACUAGGGCCCACAGGACUCUGAUAAAAAGUAGUGUACUACAUAGGAAACAAUAGGGUGUCACAGUAAUGGGUAAUGGCUUGUCCAUGAUGAAGGGUUGGUUGUACCAGUUGAUGCAGUGACAGAUACAGGCUGGUAAACAUGUCUCCUCUUUUGAAUAAAGUGUCUAAACACAUUGAA